AUCCUUGUUUGUCAUGGGGCUCCUUUAUUUGUAGAAAAUAAGUCUUCUGAAACUAUAUGUGAUCUUGCCGUGAAAAAUAAACAUGAAGAAAUUGCACAAUAUUUGGAAACAAAAAUUUUAUUUUAUACUGACACAUCUGACAUUAUUCAUACUAUUAAUGAAGCUGAUAAUACGGAAGAGGCUGCAAGUGGAUUAAGAGCUCAAGAUCUUCAAGAAGCUAAAGAUCAGCUUCUUGUUGAGACGUCUGAUAUGUUUCAUGUGCCACUGUUCACUGCUGAGGUUUUACUCCGUAAUCAUGAAUGGUCUCGUCAGAAUUUAUUAGAUGCUUGGAUGAAAGAUCCUAUUUUAUGUUGCAAAGAAGUUGGUGUGCCACCUCCAUCAAGUGCUCUGAAUUUUUCUGCUACACAAGACUCUCUCAAAACAUGCUGUGAACAGAUUCAGAAUGAAUAUCAAAGUGAAACAUUAAACAGUCCUGUUAGAACUGUUCCAUUAAGGGAAGAAGUUAUG